GUGAGGAAAGGAGCGGAUCAGAAGAGAGGGGAUAAAAGGUUCCUUCCCUUCAAAAUGGACCUCAAUGACACUUCUGAAGAAAGCCUUUAUGGAGACUACGAGGUCUACGAUGAUUUUGAUGCGGCUGCAGAUCUCCGCGACUCCAUGCGUGUACUCUCUAUGGUGGUCUACAGCAUCGCCUUCCUGCUGGGAGUGACAGGAAACAGCCUGGUCAUCUUUGUCACCGGUUUCCGGAUGAAGAGGACGGUCACCACUGUCUGGUUCAUCAACUUGGCUAUCGCUGACUUUGUCUUCACUUUCUUCCUCCCAUUGAGUGUGGCCUACAUGGCUCUUGGCUUCCACUGGCCCUUCGGGAAGGCCCUUUGCAAACUCAGCAGCGCGGUGGCCUUCCUCAACAUGUUUGCCAGCGUCUUCCUCCUCAUGGUCAUCAGCAUGGACCGCUGCAUCUCUGUGAUGUGUCCCGUCUGGGCCCAGAAUUACCGCUCCCCCCGACUGGCAUCCCUGGUGGCUUUGGGUGUCUGGAUAGCAUCUCUGGCACUCAGCUCCCCAUAUCUUGCUUUCCGGGACACCAGGCCCUCUCCUGUGGAAGAGAACACCACCCACUGUUAUAACAACUUUGCCUUGUCCAGUGACCUUCAUUCAGAGGAAAUGACCAAGCUGGGAGAGCGACGGCACCAGGCCAUGGUGCUGAUCCGUUUUGUAGCUGGAUUCCUGGUGCCUUUUACUAUCAUCCUGAUCUGUUAUGGUAUCAUCAUGACCAAGCUGAAGGGAAACCGGAUCACACGCUCAAGCAGGCCCUUCAAGAUCAUGGUGGCCGUGAUCUUGGCCUUCUUCAUUUGCUGGUUCCCUUAUCAUGUCUUCUCCUUCAUGGAGAUGUCCGUGUCCAUGGUCACACCUUGGCUACAGACAGUGCUGGUUGUGGGCAUCCCCUUGGCUUCGGGUCUAGCUUACAUUAACAGCUGCCUGAAUCCUUUCUUGUAUGUCUUUGUGGGGCAGGACUUCAGGGAGAAGCUGCAGACCUCGGUGCUGGCAGCUUUUGAGAAUGCCUUCAGCGAGACUUCAGCCCAAGUGCUGACUAAGAGCAAAUCCAGUAUGGAGGUGGACUCUCAUCUAGUCUAGAGCAAGAGCUGGCAGAUGUCAGGCUUAUGGGACAUCCUAUACUAUCUGUCCCCAAUUCUUGCACUCCGUCAACUAAACAAGGACUUUGAAGGGUACAGACAGAUGAAAAAAAGGCAGAUCUGAGCAUGAAACAUUUUUUUAAAGGAAUUGGCCUAAGUUAUUAAUGACUACAUACCACAUACCUUAAUUAGGCUCUAAUUAG